UUUUUUUUAUAACACCGACUGUUUGUUAAGUAUCAAAUCAUUUUACGGCGACCAUCGCUAUUGGCAAGACACAAAGAUGACAAAAGGAGAGCUAUCAAUGGCACCGAGGGAGUCAGGUGGUACUAACAUUGAUCAAGAAUUGUCUGGACGUAUGGUUCCAGAUGCAUUAAAUAAUUAUCUGCCUUCAAAUGAAUAUAUGAUCCAGGGUGAUAAGGAAAUUCUUUACUCUGGAUACGAGAUCCAAAAAGACAGUGGCAAACAUUCGUUUCCUUACUCAGACGAAACUAAUAAUAACAAUAUCGGAGAUUGUCAAAUUAACAUUGCCGAAUAUGUUCAGAAUCUGCCAGAUGGUAGAGUUCGAAGAAAACUAGCUAAAGCUCUCAGCACGGAUGAGCCAGAUGAAAACUUGGACAUUGAGAAUAUGGAUCAUUAUCUCCUUGUUGCUAAACGAUCAAAUUUACACAACACACUGAAAUGUUGUGAAAAUAAGUUAAUAUCCAAUUUAAACGCAGUUAACUGUGAUGCAUAUUAUAAGCUUGCUGAAGAGUAUGCGUUAAGAAAUUUACAAUCGGAGGCACUCUCAAUUAUUAAAAAAACAGAGAAACUCGACGAAUGCAGCAACUUCACAAAUCAGAACAAUAACUUUUCCAUUGAGGGAGGCGAAGUUUGCAACAAUCAAUGUUGCAAUUCAACUCGAGGGUCUGUGGGCAGUUCGAGAACUAAAAACUAUAAAAACUACUAUUCUCUUUUUACAUGUGGUAGUUGUGGGUCAAAACGGACUAUAACAACCAUUGUUUUUGACUCAAACAUGAGAAAAAGAUGCUAUAGAGACAUUAAAAAGGGAAAUAAUAUCAGCAAACCGUUUCAAUGCUGCUGUAUUCAAGGUGAUGAAAACAAUCCACCCAUAGUUUAUUGGUCCUUUGGAAGUUCAGUGUAUCAGUACGAUCCCCUUCUAAACAAAUGCAAGAAAAGAGCAUCUCUUUACUGCAAACGAGCAAAGUUCAACAUGAUAUCUCAUGGAAAUCAUUGUUAUGUGGUAGGGGGUGUAUACAUGAGUCGUAAAGUCUUGGAAAUCGAAGAAUACAACACGAAAAAAGAUUCAUGGAAAAAAGUGGCAUACCUCCCUGGAGAUUCUCUUCCGUUAAAUCCAUCAUGUGUUGUUUUUGAUGGCUUGAUUUACAUCUUUUCUGACAUUCUGGACAUACAAGGAAAUCGCAAAACAAGUGCAACCGCUGUCUAUGUCUUUCAUCCUAGUACAAAAACAGUUAAGCAGGUGGCGGAGAUUCCCUAUUCGUUCAAACAGAUGAAAACAUGUGUUGUUGACUCUUUCAUUUACAUUGCUUCUGACAGGAAACAUUUCAUUAGAUUCUGCCCAAGUGAUGGGUCGCACUUAUCAUUACCGGACCAGACUCAGGAAUGUAAAGACUUCGGCAUGUUUACAAUAGAGAAAUCAAUUAUUCUGGCAGGAGGAGAUUGUAGGGGAACAGAGUACAAAGACAUUCACGUAUUUUGUACUGUUUCUGGACAUUGGGAAACAUUGUCAGAAAAAUUACCAGACGAUAUGGCUAUUUAUGGUGCUUGUGAACUGAAAAUCCCCAAUAGUGCAGGAACAAUUGUACCGUUUUACGAAACAAAUCUUUUCGAAAAGAGGUGACUAGGCUAUAUUUUGUUAUUAUUAUUUGAUAGAAUAAAAUGCUUUAAAAUCAAA